CUUGACGUGGCACAUUUUGAAGUGGCCUCUUGCAUUGAUGAUGGGGCUAUUUUUUGGGGCCGCGAUGGGACUGAUCUGCUGGGUUCUGCCUAGCAAACGCAAGCAAGGUCCUUCGUUGCGGCUGUCUGCCAUGCUUCUAACAGCUGGACUCUUCAUAUUCUUUGGGAGUCGGAAGAUUGAAUUUUUCGGUGGUGGAGCGCUGGCGGUGCUUACCAUGGGGUUCGUAGCAGCGGAAGGGUUCAGGCGGCAGGGUUGGGGCGAUGGUGACAACCCCGUGGGGCAGCACCUGAUCUUCGUAUGGGGCUACUUCCAGCCCAUGCUGGAUGGCCUCAUCGGCGCCGAGAUGCAAUUGCGAGAAAUGGACCUUCACACUGUCGGGCUGGGAUUAGCAAUGCUGUGCAUCAGCCUGACGUGUCGCCUCGUCACGACUUUCUAUAUGACGCUUGGCACAGGCUUCAACAUCAAAGAGCGAAUCUUCGUCGCCAUUGCGUUAAUACCGAAGGCCACCGUCCAGAUUACGAUUGGCGCAAUGGCGCUGGAGCAUGCAAUCCGCAUCGGAGCAGACGAGCAAGAGAUCGCCCUAGCAAACCAGAUACGGACCAUCUCGUGGGUGACUAUCCUAUUCGCCGCGAAUAUCGGGGCCAUCGUCACCACGCUCUCAGCCUCCAAACUUUUGCAGAGCUCAUGUCCGCCCUCGCACUUGAAUAAUGUCUAAACCACCGUAAAUUUCAUUUCUUCAACUGUGAAUUAAUAAUCCAGCAGUUCCAAAACUUGAAUUCAAUUUUAAUCUUAUUUUCAGCUGUUUUGUUUAUACAUAGUAGACCAGUUUUCACGAGUUUAGACUCGUGAAAAAAAUUUUCAUAAUGAAGCUCAAUGCUUUUUAAAGAGAUAUCGCGGAAUUCUAGCAUCCUCUUUAGGUGAUAUUUAUCUGACAAUUGCAGGAUCCAUGCGUAAUUUAAGCAGAAAUUUAAUGAGACCAGCGCCUUUUUUCGUAUCCGUGUGAAAUUGUUAAGUGAUACACUAAUCCAAACUUCUGUACCUUUAUUCCUUUAUUUUAAUGGUAAAUAUAUUUAAUAAAUAUAUUAAUAAGUACUCAGAGAAGUUUUUCGAAUUUAUUCUCCAUGUAAUCUUCAAUACUCGAAGUGACAGUCUGAUUGACAGUCUGAUGG